AUGUCUUCUAAUUCAACAGACCAUGAUCACGGUGGCCAUGGAGGUGACGGUGAAUUUACAUGUUCCAAUAGUAUGCUCUUCAAUUGGGAAUACAGAAACCUUUGUAUUGUUUUUUCUUGGUGGGGAGUAAAUUCUAUUCCUGGUUUGAUCCUUUCUUGCGCCAUUAUCUGUAUACUUGCGAUAACUUUCGAAGUGUUGAGAUUUGUAUCAAGAAAAUAUGAUGAAAAGAUAUACCUAUCAGGACACCGUCCAUUGGAAGAGGAGACCGCUAAUGCCUCUACAAGUACAAAUACUGGAAAUAGCCGCCCAGUGAGAAUAACCCACAUCCAACAAAUAAUGCGUUCACUUAUUUACUCUAUCCAAGUGCUCCUGUCAUUUUUCCUCAUGUUGAUGUUUAUGACCUAUAAUGGAUUCGUCAUGAUCAGCGUAGUAAUUGGUGCAGGUAUUGGUUAUUUUUUUUUCGGGAGGCAUGUCCUCACAAAAGUCGAAGUUGGGGAAAGGGACGUCAUAGGAUGUCACUAG